AGAGCCCAUAGGGAGUAACGUUACUUCAUCAUGGCAGGCAAUAAGUUGGCAUUAGAGGGAAAAAUAAGUAUUAUAAGCUUUCUUUUAGGGCUUGGCGUUGUUAUAAUUCCCAUUAUUAGAACAUUCGUUGGACACCUUGACUGGGUAUUCGACUAUCUCACUGGAGUGAGGGGGAAAAUAGCUAUUGCGGUGUACAUCGCUGUUCUCAAUGGCUUCUUGCUAAUCAUAUAUAAGGGACCUCUAUAUAAGGUUGCUGUGCGAGCCUGCUUCCUUGGUUUUACUUUUGGGUGUGGCUUGAUCAUAAGCUUUUCACAAACUACAUGGACACACUUUGGCUGGUACAUGUGUUCCAUGUCUUUCUUCCACUACUCUGAGUACUUGGUGACGGCCAUCAUUAACCCCCACAGCCUGUCUCUGGACUCAUUCCUACUCAACCACAGUGUGGAGUACACCGUGGCUGCCGUCUCCUCAUGGGUGGAGUUCACUAUAGAGAAGCUCUCUAUCCCAGAGCUGAAGCAGCUGAGCUGGCUCAGCCUGGUGGGCCUGGUGAUGGUGCUGUGUGGGGACUUCCUGCGUAAGUCUGCCAUGCUGACGGCUGGCUCUAACUUUAACCACAUCGUCCAGAACGAGAAGGCCCAGAGCCACGUGCUGGUCACCGAUGGGGUCUAUGCCUUUUUCAGACACCCGUCCUACGUGGGCUGGUUCUACUGGAGCAUUGGCACACAGGUGAUGCUGUGCAACCCUGUCUGCAUCGCGGGCUACACCAUGGCCAGUUGGCGCUUCUUCCGUGAACGGAUUGAGGAGGAGGAGCUCUCUCUCCUCCAUUUCUUUGGAGAGGACUACCUGGAAUACAAGAAGAAGGUGGGCACCGGCCUGCCCUUUAUUUCAGGCAUCCGCAUCAACAGCUCCUAGGUGUGAGAGAUGGGGUCCUGGAUGUAUGAACAUGGCAGACAGACAGGCACUGUGAGGGGCAGCCCUGGUCAGCAUACUGUGGAUUAGCUCUUGUGGUCGCCCGCCCUGGGGGGGGGGUGUCUAGAGCUCACGGAGACUGACACCUACGAGCGUGGUAAAGGGCUCCCCAAAAACCUGGGUAGACGGACUCACUCAAAAAGAAACGACACCCCCCAAUGUUGUAUAUCUAUUGCACACAUCCAACCGCCUCUUUGGUUUGGUUAGUUUGACUACUAAGAGUUUUUUUUUAUUUUAUUUUUUUCCUCCAUCUCCAAUGUUUCCCUUUUCUGUGUUUUCCAUAGGGAGGAGUUGAGUUUCUUCAGUGGAUGCUGAAUGUAUUUUUAGCUUGUUACUGAAUCAAAGUGCAGUAAUGAGCCUGGUCGAGUGUCUGCUAUUCCUUGUUUGUCUGGCUUAUCACGAAGUCAUCAUUAUUAGGUCUCAGCGUUUACAACAAUAGUUUUACACAAGAUUAGGGAUGCACAAUUUCAACUGCCCUCGUACAUAUUCUUUCCCAGUAGGUAAAUCUGCGCUAAGAAGCAUUUAUUUAUGUGUGACUGUUGUACAUUUACAAAAAUUUCCCAAAAUGGCGGCAAAGUGGUUGCUUGCAACAUGGUCUUUGCCCCAUAAGUUAAUGAACUUUUCAUAAAUUAUAAAAUGCCUUUUGAUGGUAAUCAAAUGUCAAUAUGCCAUGAGAAAAUAUUGGUUAUAGAUAACAGCCCAGAAUUUCUAUACUGAUGCAUCCUUACCCAAAAUUAUUUAUUUUAAAUGUGUUGGAACCGGUUCAGGGAACAAAACUGGAAAAUAAAAUUAAGGAACUGAAUCGGGAACGAAAGCGAUCCAUACUGUUCCGGAACAGAACCGUUAUUUUAAACGCAUGCAAACCGGUUAACGUUCUAGCCAUUUUUUUCUCGUCCCACAAAAGAAACGCAACAAAGGGCAUGUGCAAAGCCCUCUGUCACUCAAACUUAUUCCAGCGUCUGCCUGCAAACUGAAAAUCUUUGCCUGUGCAUGUUUAGGCUACCCGCCCCUCCCCCAUCUGAAGCAUAGGCUACUGUACUGAACUUAGAAGCAUGAGAAGAUAGGGAGAGAUCUUUUUAAUUAGAAGUGGAUUAACUUUUUCAAUGCUAGUUAAGGAUACUAUAGGCCUAGUUGAGUUUUAGAUUGGAUUUGUUAACUACAAAAAGGUAAACUGUGUGUUUAAUUCUGGUGCUGCUCUUCACACAAGCUUGUGAGCUAGCUAGCUCAAAGCCUCUCCUAGGGAAAAUUCUGUGAACCUAAUUCAGAUAAUGCAUGUCUUGAGCAGGCCAGCGCUUCAAGCCUGCUCAACCCUCUCGCUCCCCCCUCCCACCCGUAAAAUGUAAGUAGCAUCUUGCGCCAUAGGCUACACUGGUCUGUCCAUCACGCAUGUAAACAACUAGCUUGCCUGCUUUAUCUGCACUGAUUGCUGAAGUCAUUUCAAUGAGCUAAAUGUAAAAAAAAAAAAAAAAAGUUUCACAGGUUUAAAACAGGUUCAGAAAUGUAUUUUGCUGAUCGGAACUAUGGAAUGGAAGAAAUUAUUUUUUUUGAGAAAGAAACUUUGGUUCCAACCCCUGAUUUUAAAUUCACAUAUCCCAUGUCCACUCAGGAUCAAAAGGCUGUACAAUCAGAAAUCCUUUGCUAAUUUGACAACCUGAGCAAGUUGCAGCCUGGUUCUCGGAUUUCUCCAAUCGGUUCGGCGUAAUAAGUCAAACAUCUACUUUGUAAGUCAUUUAAAACAUUAGGAACACUGACAAUCCGUUCACUGUUCUAUUCCAGUCUGCUGUAAGUCUUAAAAUGUCCCCUGGGUAUAGACUACGAAUCAGGGGUGUUCUUCCAUAGGGUUUUUAGUAAUAGGGGCACUCACUAAUAGUCAUCUUUAAAAUGCAUUCACUCUCUCUACCCCCACUUGAUCAUCACUCCAUCUAUUUAUUUGUUCUGUGUGCUUGUCUCCUCAUGCUCACUGUAUAUUAAAACCAACCAAAAGAUGCAUUCCUAUGGCUAAGGGGUUCAGAGAGCUACACCCAAUAUGGCUUCCUUCUGAACUACCGCAGCUUGUCUCAGGUGAAAGGUCGCCUCAGCCCUCCACUCUGUAUGCCCAGACUGUAUGGAGUGCAAGAGGAGUAUGUCUGUGAGUGAAAGAGAAUUUGUGAAAUUAGAACAGUCAAAAGCACUUAACUGUUGUGCAAGAUGAGUGUGUGUGAGUUAAUUUCUGAAAUUAGGACAGUCUAGAGCACUGUAAAGGAAUACAGAUGAGAUUCUGUUUGAAUAAAUAUAAGAGCACAUUCAGUUGGCUGCAGACAUAUGAUAGUUUGCUGCUCAAAGCAUGAUACAGCUGAGCUGAAGGUGGAAAAAGCCAGUUGUGUUGCACUACAGUAUAACAAUACUACAGUUUAUUACAGGUAAAUAAAAAAUGUAUCAUGCAGAGGGUGUACUUAUCUAACUCUUGGUUGAUAACUUUUUUUCACUUUACUGACAUUUUCUGAAUUGAAUGAACACCAUUGUCCUGUCAAAUAAAAUCAAAAGUUUAUCCUAAGAAAA